CGGCUUUAGAGUGAUUCAGUCGAACUCAGACACACCGCAAGGAUUGCCGACACGUGAUUUUGGCGUUACAUUAGCUUCGAUCGUGCUGUUGAAGUGGUGAUUUACGAUAUCUCGAGUUUGAGCUGGCGUCAGAGUAAACUCGAUGAAGUUUUGAUGUUGUGAUUUAGAAUAUCCUGAGCAACUUGUUGAACGAGGCUUUUGCUAUGGGUAAUGCAGAGUCACAAGAAGAAUCUCAGGAUUAUUUUUUCACUGGGCCGCCGUCAUAUCCUGGAAGUUCAAUGAAUACUGGCUACGAGUAUCAACGAACUCCUUCUUCUGGGACAGGGAGUUCAGUUAAUACUAGCUACGAGUUUCAACAAACUCCUUAUGAGGAAACUGGGAUUUCAACGACCACUAAUUAUCGACAUAAGAAGCAACCCACGUACAUAGCUGAUAAUUUCAGUUCAUUAGAUGAGGUUGUGUCUGCUUUAAGAGAAGCUGGUUUGGAGUCUUCAAAUUUGAUACUUGGUAUUGACUUCACCAAAAGCAAUGAGUGGACAGGCAAGUACUCGUUUAACCGGAAAAGCCUUCAUUCUCUUGGAAACACUCCCAAUCCAUAUGAACAAGCAAUCUCUAUCAUUGGCCGUACUCUGUCUUCUUUUGAUGAAGACAAUCUCAUACCGUGUUUUGGAUUUGGUGAUGCGUCUACACAUGACCAGCACGUGUUCAGCUUUUAUCCUGGGGAUCAUUAUUGUGAUGGUUUUGAGGAAGCACUUGCACGCUACAGGCAGAUUGUUCCAUGCUUAAAGUUGUCAGGUCCAACAUCUUUUGCCCCAGUAAUUGAUGCAGCAGUUGACAUCGUGGAGAAAAGCAAUGGUCAAUAUCACGUGCUUGUCAUUAUUGCUGAUGGACAGGUUACCAAAAGUCCUGAUGCAUCACACCGAAAGCUCAGUCCACAAGAACAGGCAACUAUUGAUGCCAUUGUUGCUGCAAGUCACUAUCCUCUCUCAAUUGUUCUGGUUGGAGUUGGAGACGGACCAUGGGAUGAGAUGCAGCACUUUGAUGAUAACAUUACCCAGCGCCUAUUUGACAACUUCCAGUUUGUGAACUUCACAAAGAUCAUGUCUGAAAACAAGGAGGCAUCAAAGAAGGAAACAGCAUUUGCACUUGCUGCUCUUAUGGAAAUUCCGAUACAGUACCGGGCUACUCUAAAUUUACCACCAGCCGAUGAACAAUCUGUAAGUUAUCGACGUAAACAGCCCCGGCCUCCACCCAAAGAAGUGAUAGAUCAUGACAAUGAAAUAAUGGCGGCUCCAAACAUGACAAACUUUGAAUCAGUUGAACCCACAGCUCCGCCUGCAGUCGAAUCAGUAUGCCCUGUCUGCCUAACUAAUCCGAAGGACUUGGCAUUUGGAUGUGGUCACACGACUUGCAAGGAGUGCGGUGCGACCUUGUCCUCGUGUCCGAUGUGUCGGGAGCAAAUCACCACCCGCCUAAGGCUGUACACUUGAAUUGGUUAAUUAUUUUUAUUCCUGUUACAGUAUUUGGUAUUAGUGACAUUGCACUUCUUCAGUCAGCCGUACAGCGACAUUGAGGUAAAAUCUUCGUGCUCUUCAAAAUUUAUACGUAAUUGUAUUAUAUUAUCAGCGCAAAAUAUAAAAUUGAUAACAAGUUACGUCAUUUAUAAGAUGUGAUUUAUCCAUCCUUUUUCA